GCUCUCUCCCGCCACCUCCGGUUUAAAGGCUCGAGCGCCGAGCGUCAAGCUCCUGCUCCCGGGCAAGGCGGCGACGAGAAGAAAAUGGAACCAGAAAUUGAAGAAAUUGUGAAAAAAAUCAAGAUCUUAAUUGAAGAGAAACAAGUGAGUGAUGCAGAGCUGAAGAAGUUACAAGCACGCCAGUCUGCAAUGGAGAAGGACCUCGAAGAGUUGAAUCAUGAGAUCUUCUGCCUGGAGGCAACAUGCAACAAGAAGGAAGUGACUCUGAAGAGGCUGCAGUUUCAGUAUGAACAAGGCCAAGCUCAGACUGACAGGCAGCUGAAAGGAAGCAGCGAGAGCAAGCAAAGGAUAGACGCACUGAUAUCCCAGAUCAAGGAUGAGAAGCUGCAGAGGAGGAAGGAGAGGAAGGCAUUUGAGCAGCAGCUAGAGGAACUAAUAAAGAACCUCAAAUGGACAGCAGAGUUUUAUAAGCCAGCCAGACUUCAACAAGAGAUACGCAACAUUGAGAAUACUAAGCAACAGCUCCUCACCGAAGAGCACGUGACGAAAGAGAAACUGAGCACCCUGGAUGAGGAGCUGAGCUCCCUCCAGCAGCAAGGCGCUGCCACUGACGAGAUGAUCUUCCUGCACAGCAAGGAGGCCAGGCUCACUCACCAACUGUUCGAAGAGGAAAACAAAGCAGCGAAGGCAGCCCUCCAGGAGAUGACCCAGCAACGCUCAGAGAUUCAGCAGCCGCCGGAGUUGAGCAGGCUUGAGGAGGAGUGGGAGCCCAGGAGGAAGAUCCCCACCCUGGCUGGAAAGGACACUGCGGUCACAGGCGAUGAGGAAGGUGAUCUCCAACAGUCAACAAAGUGAUUGGUAGGUCCAAGAAAAUGACUGGUAGGUCUCAGGACAGAGCUGGAGAGAGCAAGGGCCCCAGUCAGAGACCUGCCCUUGCUUGUUGUCGUCUUUGGUAAUUAGCCAAGACUUACAGUAUUUAUUCAAUAAAUUAUUGCUGCUUACCAAUUUAUGGUUGUGGUGUCACUCAGUCCCUGGGCCCCUUGGCCAGGAGAGCAGGUCUGAUUCUCUGAGCCCUAGUGUCAGCCAGGCACAGAUCAAUAGAGAGCACUAAGCCAUAGGAAAAGUGAUGGGGGUGCAGCCAGAAGUUAGAGAAGAGGACAAAAUGGAUGAGGCUCCCCAUCUGAAUCUCUACCCAGUGGGAGCUUCCCCGGGGAAUUGGGUGUAGGGAAUUUAGAG